AUGUUGACCCACGAACGGCUGGAAACCGGCUGGACCACCACCGAGGAGGACCGGGCGGCAGCGGCCGAGCUGGCGGCGCGCAUCCCCCAACGCGUCUUCGACGCCCACAUGCAUCUCUAUGACAUCCAACACUUUCCGCGUCUGAGCCCGAUGCUCGAGUGGGGACCGGAGCGGGUCGGCCUUGCCGAAUGGCGGGAGCUGGUCGGCGCGCAGCUCGGCGGCCCCGAGCGGAUGACAGGCGCCCUGGUCCUGCCGUUUCCGGCCGCGGACCUGCCGAUCGGCCCGAAGAACGAUUACGUCGCGGCGCAGACCGCCGGCCACCCGACGGCGAUCCGUGCCUACUUGGUCGCUGCGGACACGACGCUGGCCGAGGUGGAAGCGGACCUCGACGGUGAGGGGAUCGGCGGCUUCAAGUGCUACCACUGCUACAGCGCCCGCGAGGACACGCAGCAAUCGUACAUCGACGAGUUCCUGCCCGACUGGACGUGGCAGGUCGCCGAUGAGCGCGGCUGGUUCAUCAUGCUGCACAUCGUGCGCGAUCCGGCACUGGACGAUCCGGAGAACCAGCGCCAGAUCCGCGAGAAGUGCGAGCGCUUCCCGAACACGCAGCUCAUCCUCGCGCACGCGGCGCGCGGCUUCCACGGCCCCAACACCACCAGGGGGAUCGCCUCCCUGCGCGGGCUGCAGAACGUCUGGUUCGACACCUCCGCGAUCUGCGAGGCGGAGCCCAUGAUCGCGAUCAUGGACGAGUUCGGGCCGCGCCGACUGGUGUACGGCUCCGAUUUUCCGGUCUCGCACCAGCGCGGGCGCUCGAUCACGCUCGGCACCGGGUUCGCCUGGGUCGCCACCGACCAGCUCGAGUGGAACGACCGCGCCUUCUUCGGGCAACCGAUCCAGGUCGGCCUUGAGGAGGUGCGCGCCAUCUUCCACGCGGCCGACCGGUUCGGGCUGAACGAAGCCGACCUGCAGGACGUGUUCUGCGACAACGCGGAGCGGCUGCUGGGGCUGCGAGCGGUCGACCCCGAUCUGGGCCAGAAGAGCUACGAGCGGGCGCUCACCAUCAUCCCGCGCGGCAACCACCUGCUCAGCAAGAACCCGGACCGCAUGGCGCCCGGCCAGUGGCCGCCCUAUUUUCGUGAGGCGCGCGGCUGCGAGGUGUGGGACGAGGCGGGACGCCACUUUUUCGACUGCUCCUCGCACGGGAUCGGCGCGACCAUCCUGGGGUUCCGCGACCCGGACGUCACCCGCGCGGUGAUUCGGCGAGUCAGCCUGGGGAGCUGCUCGACCCUCAAUCCGCGCGAGGAGCUGGAGCUUGCCGACCUGUUGUGCGGCCUGCAUCCCUGGGCGGAACGGGUGCGCUUGGCGCGCACGGGCGGCGAGACGAUGACCGUGGCGGUGCGCAUCGCCCGCGCCACUACCGACCGCUCGGUGGUGGCGAUCAGCGGAUACCACGGCUGGCACGACUGGUACCUGGCGGCCAAUCUGGGAGAGAGCGACGCGUUGCGCGGCCACCUGAUGCCGGGGCUGGAGCCGCUCGGCGUGCCGCGCGAGUUGCGCGGCACGGCGCAGGUAUUCGAGUGGGGCGACAUGGAGCGGUUCGACCGCAUCAUCGCCGAGCACGGCGACCGGCUGGCGGCCGUGGUCAUGGAACCGUGCCGUGGUCAGGAUCCCGAUCCGGGGUACCUGGAGCACAUCCGAGCCGAGGCGCACCGGGUGGGCGCGCUGCUGAUCUUCGACGAGACCUCCAUCGGCUUUCGCCUGUGA